AUGGUAUUUAAUGUGAAGAAGCAAGAGGUGAAGGAUCAGAAGGAAGCUGAUGCGUUGGCAGAUGGUUUUCAAGUUGGGAACUUGAUGCGUUUGGUGGGAGUUGAAGCUGUGAACUAUGCAGGUGGGAUUGAGGAGAUGUAUGAGAGGAUGUUCGGAAAGUUGAGAGCUUGGCUUCUGAGGUUGAGAAGAGUUCUGAAAAAGUGUACAUCAUUGACUACGGUGACUGACAUGAGCAGUCUUCAAUUACACGAACCAAUAGAUGAAGCUUGUGAAGUUUCUCACUGGUGGGUUAUAGCAGUGGAGAUGUAG